GUUAGGUUCUAUGAAUCUGUAUCGUCCAGUUGUGCGUCGGAAGAAGGUGCGAGGUGAUCGUUAUGACAUCACCGUGGGAACGUUAAUUCUAAAACACGAAUAUAAAGGAUGCAGAUCAUCAAGAAACGAGUCACUCGAUGACUGUCAUACUAAGGAAACUGGAUAUUUAACACCAUGGAGCAUGAAAGCAAGGGUUUCGAUGAUAUGCCACACAGAUCAAAACGGAAACCAAUCAAUUCGAACGAAGAAUUAGAGAACUGGAUGACUCGGCUUCCGACAGCUCUGAGAAACGUACCCAUAAUACAUUUGGCGAUACCCGGUUCUCACAAUACAAUGACUUAUACCAUAAUGAAAGAUAAUGAUAUCGGACCCGACGAGCCUAGAUACAUCAGAGCACUCGGCCGUUACUGUUCGAUUGUCUCAAAACCUAUUAUUUUUAAUUGGUCUAUUACACAACACGAUAACGUUAAGGAGCAGCUGAACGGCGGAAUCCGAUACUUAGAUUUACGCGUGGCUACGAAACCGAUGAACGGUGAUAUUUAUUUUGUUCAUGGUUUAUAUGGAUCAAAAAUAUAUCAGCCAUUGCAACAGGUAGCAGAGUGGCUGUCAUCGCACGCCAACGAGACUGUAAUCUUAGAUUUUCAACAUUUUUAUUCGUUUUCUGAAAUGGACCAUCGUCAUCUUGUGGAUACCAUUCUUCAAAUAUUUCACUCAAAAUUGUGCCCAACAGCUUCCACCUUUACUCAUAUAACACUAAAUUGGCUUACUCUGGAAAGGUAUCAGGUUAUUGUUAUUUACAGGAACAUAUAUGCACAGAAUUACUCCAACUUGUGGCCGAGUGGUCUAUGGCGGACACCAUGGCCUGAUACUGCUCGCGUCAAUGAACUUAUAGAUUUCUUGAAUCGUGAACUCCAAGCACGUCCGUUGGGAAUCGGUUUUAUUUCGCAGUGUCUUUUAACGCCAGAUAUGCCUUUCGUGCUGAAACAUUUAUGUGGGACGCUACAAAGGAAUUUAGCACCUGUAUGUCAAAAACCAAUUCUUUCUUGGAUAAAUCAAAAACAACCCGGCCGUGGUGGUUUGAAUAUCGUUAUAGCCGAUUUUAUAUCUGAUACAAAUUUUUUAUUUUGUAAAACCGUUAUCGAAAGUAACAAAAAAUUUUUUAAUUGAUAGAAUUCUAUGUAAAUAUUUUGUACUUUAUAUAAAUACUUGAUUCUAUUGUGAUACAUUGAUUAUUAUGCAUUUUGAAUG